AUUGAGAUUUUAACGACAGUUAUUUGUUCAGUGUGUUUCACACCGUGAAACAGACAAGAUUGCGAAAAAAACGGAGAGAACGAUUUUUUCGGACUGACCCCUCGGAAAACGACUUAUCCCUCGAGGCAAACCCUCCCGGGACAUCUGACCAUGGACGUUCUAUAUGAUAGUGACCACAAACUUGGCGAAAUGGAAGACUCAUCAAUGGGAGAGAUUCUUGAUCACGAAACCUUUCAAUCCCCUUCUUCACUGAGCUCGGACGGAUACAUGGAUAAUGAUUGGCUGGACAGUUUAUUUGAGGAUCCGGUUCUGAAUGACAAAAUGAUAACAGAUGCUGUACAACCUCCGCGGAUUCACUCGGAACACAGUUACUCCAUUAAUGACAGUGUACCUUCCUCUCCACUUGGACUCGGGAAACUUGAAGAUUUGGAUAGUGAAUUUUUUGGAAGCAACCAGGCUUUAGACCUUACAAACAAAACCAACCUGACCACAGGACAAGAAGCUGCCAUCAAAACCGAGUUAACUGAAGUGGAACCAGUGGACCCAAUGCUUACGACAGUUACUACCAUGACAACCCGAACACUGACUGUGACAAAGCAACCAACCAUCAUCCUGGCCGCCUCCCCCUCCCAGCUCCACCCCCAACACUCUGUAUCAUCACCCAUAGUAACGAUCAAAACUGAACCUGUGGACCACUUGUCAGAGGCAAUGGAGCAAACAGUAAAUGUGGACAGCCUGAUCAUGCCCCCCACACCCCCAAGUAGUGCCUCUAGCGACAGUGAGGGGGGACAGAGUCCUCAGCAAUCAGCACCCUCUAGUCCAGUCCGACAACUGCCACACUCGCGUCAUUCUCUCUCCCCCAACAGCAAAUCAUACUCACAACCAUUGUUCACCAGUCCGAUUCCUCAGUCAGGUCUCCUUAUUUUAUCUGAAGAGGAAAAAAGGACUCUCAUCUCUGAAGGUUACCCCAUACCAAAUAAACUCCCCCUCACUAAACAGGAGGAGAAAAAUCUGAAAAAGAUACGCAGAAAAAUUAAAAACAAGAUCUCUGCACAAGAGAGCAGAAGGAAGAAAAAAGAAUAUUUAGAAGCUUUAGAGAAACGGGUGGAAGCUUUUUCUCAGGAGAACAACGAUCUGAAGAAGAAAGUAGACUCUUUAGAGAACAACAACAGGUCAUUGCUUGGUCAGUUACAGAAGCUUCAGGCCUUGGUGGGAAAGGUCUCCAGGCACGGGGGGACCACGACACAAACAGGAACAGUGCUAAUGGUGUUGGUGUUAUGCUUUGCUGUGUUUCUGGGGAGUUGGUCUCCUUCUUCAUUCAAUAUCGGCUAUUCCUCGGGCUCAGCUGCCAUGGAGGGAAUGUCAUUCUUCGCUAAUCCUCGCCUACUUGAGCCAGGGAUAAAGAUGGGACCAUCUGUACAAGAUGCCAAGGUGGACAUCUACUCUACUCCAUCUAUGAAAUCUCGAGUUCUGCUGUCCCUACGCGAGGAGGAAGACUUGACUUGGUAUCACCCGUACGGACCUCCCACUCCACGAAGCCAGCAAGAAUUCUCAGAUCCUGAGAAGGACAGCAUAGAAAUGAAUUAUAAGGACACAAAUCCAUCAGAACCAGUCGUGGUAGGGCCUCUGGAGGUAGUCACUGUAGAUCAGCGCUUCCACCAGGCUAACUGCUCCUCCAGAAAAAAUGUGGAGGACAUCCACCCAGAUAUAUCCAGUCCUAUAGGACUCAGGAAUCCGUGUAUUGAACGAUCCGUGGAGACAGAAACAGCCUAAAGCUACUCGGGCAUUACAGGACACGACAGACAUUUUUAAGUGCUGCUAUUUCUAUUGUGGAUAACUACUUUGGGAACUUUAAUAUCCAUUUAGGUUGUUCUCAGCUUUUCAUUUCAUUUUUUGAGAGAUUUGUCUGUCUCCUUUAUUUUCACUCUUUUUUUUUUUUAGAUUUUUUUUUUUACUUUCAUUUUGCCCUUUUUUUAUGUUCUGGAGGUUUUUGUGGAAGGACCAGGUACUCAUUAUAUGCAUUGUAAAUAUAAACAUGACUUUUUCUCAAUGUGUGUGAGAGAUUGUGUGUAUGAGAGGGGAGGUAAAUCCUGCUUUAUUAUUCUUGGGCAUGUUCUUCGCUUUUUGAAUUAUCUUCAAGAACUGCAGGGAACACGCGACAAGGUGCUUGUUAAUUGUUAUGUAUUUAUUGAUAAAUAUUAAUUGUUAAAUAUGCUUUAUUAAAUCUCAUUAAGUUAUUGCAUUAUAUACAUGGAGGGUUUUGUGAUAAUUGGCAAAAUAUGAAUUGUAAAACUUUGUCUUUUGGUUAAGAUUUUAAUGUUAGGCAGUUGAAUUGUUUGAUUUACUAAUCUAGUUUUGAAACCUUACCUUUGGUUCCAGAUGUUAGUUAGAAAUCAUGAGUGUAAUCAAUAUGUUGUGCAAGGAAUUUCAGAGAUCACUUAUAUUUUUGUAAGUUCAAACAGUAUUAGGAAAAAAGUUGUAUUCAAACAUAUCUACUGCAUUGAAUUACUAACCAUGUAGUCUAACAGGUACAUAACUCUAUAUGUAUAUGCAUGAAAUGUUAUUUUUUGUUUUGUUUUUAUUCAGAUAUUUUACAGUAGAUAUGAAAUGGAUUAUGUUGAUGACGGGCGGCCAAGUGCAUUCAAUGAUCGCAGAUGUAAAUUUUAUUUAUCAGUUGUUUGUUCAUGAACAUUUUAUCACAUUUUAAUGAGCCUAGUCAUUGACUGUAUAUAGAUUAUUUAUUGUUGGUUUUGACAAGAUCUCCAAAAAGGAAUUAAUUUCAUUUUAAAUGGUAUCAACCUCUGAUAAAAGAAUAUUUCAGAUCUUUGCCUUGUCAAAAACGACAGUGUGGAAAUGCCAGAAUUCCACGGUCAAUUCUCUGGUUGUGGGUUCAUCAUUACUUAGAGAAAAAGACAUGUAGAAUAGCUCUUCACAUGGCCAGGGGUAGAUAACUCCUGAGUAGCUCUUCAGAGGGCCAGGGGUAGACAACUCCUGACUAUAAGGAAGAGAUCUUGGGCAUAAUCUUUGUACAUGUAUAUAAAAUGCAACCAUGUCAUGCAAUAUAAUAUUAAAUCAUAUAUAUAUAUCAAUAAAAUAUAUAAAGAGCAUUGAAAA